CUUUUUUUCGGUUUCAGCCCCCAUAUUUUUUAGACCCCUCCCCUCUUUUCUUAGCGCUCCGCGGUGCCUGAGUAAUCCCAAAGCAUGCUGUAAAACUAAUGAUUUUUACAGGGCAAAAAUCAGUCCAGGAAGCAGACACUGAGGGCACUCCCAACUGGCCGUUUGGCCGUUGAUUGAAGGUGGCUGCUAUGUGGAAAUUUUAUGAGAGUUAUGUACUCAUUAUCAUCAGAGCUAUGAGUUUUAUGACCAUAAUUUCGGCAGGGACUUUCUCUACAGGCUGUAGAUCUGGAGGUGGCGGUUGCAAAGAGGUGACCGUCAUUAGGGGCUAUUAGGGGUUUCAUUGUAUAGCAAACUUGAUGUUUUCUUUAGGAUUCUUAAAAUAAAAUACAUAAACUCGAGCAAUGCUAUUUUUAUACAAAUUUCCAGGUACAUUAGUAAUUUGGGAGUCGAAGCGCGAUGCAAGACGCGCUAGUGGAGCCUAGGAACUAGUGCUGCCUCCAUGCUGCCACGUCGUGUUCAUUUAACUCGGCGCAGCGCGUUGUCAUCAAGUUUGCAACGCGGAUUUUGAAAUUUCACGUCGUGGAGACAAAUUUGAGUGUUUUACUCGUGUGUUUGCAGAGAGGUGUAAGUGUGCCCACUAAUUACAUUGGCAAGAAAAUGGCUCAACAGAGUACUCAGGAGAUCAAGAUACAAAAGCCAAAAAUGGUGUGGACAAAUGACCACGAUAGACUUUUGUGCAGAGAAAUUCUUAUUGAGGAGCCAUUCAAAUCCAAGGUUGGUUCUCGGCAACGUGGUCAGCGUUGGGACAAAGUGGCUGACAAUUUGAAUCAGCAAGACCGACCUCGUUUCUGGGUCGAUCAGAGGGCUGUAAGGGAUAGAUUCUUAAAACUAGAAAGGGGUUUUAAAAUGCUAGAAGAAAAGCGUGCAAGUGGCCUUAGCCCACCUGAGCGAAGUGAAGUAGAGGAGGCAAUUUGUGAAAUAAUAAAAAGGGGGGAUGAGGCACACAAUGAAAUGGUGAAGAUGGGGGCAAGUAUGGUGGAAAAGGAUAUGGAAAGUGUAGACACUACAAGAAAGCGUCUAAUUGAUAUAUUGACAGAAGCAAGAGAGAAAGAGAGUCAAGAAGCAGAGAAUAAAAGAAGGAAAAGUGAUUGCAACAAUGAAGAAGUUGCAGAUGAUUCUACAGAAAAGGUUGACAUAGAGAUCCAGUUAAAGAGAGAGGAGCUUGAGUUGAGAAAAAAGGAGAUUGAAAUAAAAGAGAAAGAAAAGGAAAGAGAAUGGGAGAUUAAAGUCAAAGAGCUAGAAAUAAAAGAAAAAGAUCAUGACAAAAGGGCAAUGAGGGAAAAGGAAUUGAUGGUCAUGUUGCAACAACAAAUUGACAAGCAGAUGGUGAUGCAACAGCAAUUACAACAACAGAAUCAGCUACUCUUUGAUAUCAUGAAAAGGUUUUUUGACAAAGUAUCCUAAGCUAUCUGUAAGGUAUGAUGAAAAUCUGUAAUUAUUUUUAAGCUACCAUUUGAACUGAAACAUGAAAAAGACCUUUCAAAAACCUGAAAAUCAUUUAGAAAAUCAUGAUCUCCCUCAUAAGUGUUAUCCUCACAAAAUGUCUUUUUAACUCAGCUGCACAUUAGUUGAGGACAAAAAGCCUCAACUAGAUUUUGAGGUACUUUGAUUGGUUUUCCUUUCACCACUAAAAUGAAAGGCUUCCUCCUGCUAUCAGGUUUACAAAUGGAUUUCAUCCUACAUGAGUUUCGGCCACCAUAUUUCUGAUUGUUUUUGCAAUGGGCUUUAAAAUUGGAGAAAUGGUGUGAGUGAAACAGCUAAAAGCUCUAUGGAAAUUCAAAUUACUUUUAAAAUGUUUGCUAAUUUUAAAAUUUUAAACAAAAUGUUGUGAUUUUAAUUGAUUAUAUAUCUGUUGGAAAGGUCCCUGGCCUCUGCCAGGUAUAGCCCCUGCUACUAUUUGUAAAUUUUAUUAUUAUUCAAAAAGGAUAUAUGCGAAGCGGUUUUUUACCAGUGUUCUAGAGCUAAUCAUAACUUGUGAAUAUUAUAUUUCAUGUGUGUUUUGACAAUAUUGUUUUUAAACCUUUUUAAUGGAUAAUUCAGUUAAUUUACAGAAUCUUCUUGUAAAAUAUGCUUUUUUUCUUGUAAACCUAUGUAACUGAUUGGACAGUUUUGAAAUUCUUAGUGGGGGGGGGCGAAGGCCCCCAGUUCCUGCUCACUUCCGUGGUCCAAAGGCUAUAUUCCCUUGUGAAUUAUCUUAUCCUAGCUAGCAAAUUUCUGAAAUUUGCCUUAUUUCAAAAUAGAUAGAAAAUAUUGCCUUUAACCACCCCAAAUAUUACCCCCCAUUACGUCCUUGUGAAUCUCAAAAAACUUUUUCCGAUCACCGCCUCUGAGCUUUAUGGAUGACGUCUUGAGUGUUUCUUUCAACAUAAUUUUUAUUCACUUUGAAAUCUUUGUGGUAUAUUUAAUCUGGCGCCAAAUUUUGAACGCGUCGUAACGAAUCUUAACGGAGGUUAAGGUAGCAAGCCGGGCCUCACAAACCGCACCGUGGAGAGAGCCAGGUCGAAAACGCGGAAAGCGCGGAACACGCGGAACACGCUGAAAAGUGAAAUUUUCCUUUAGUUAAUUUGAUGACAAGAGAGGUAUCUAAUGAUUUAUUGAGCCUUUGAUAAAUCGAUUGAUUAAUAUGAUCGAUUAUAAAAGUUUUACGCGUUUUCCGCGUUUUCGAUUUUCACCCUCGUACAAAAUCGAAAACGCGAAAUUUUCAUUCCUUCAAAAAAAGUUCUUAUAUUUCAAUUCUUGAAAGAGCUCUGUUGCUUUGUUAAUGUAUUUGCAAAAUUUCACAUUUCCGCGUGUUCCGCGUAUUCUGCUUUUUCCGCGUUUUCGACCUGGCCCGUAGAGAGUGCUUCGUAUUUAGUUGAAUCUAUUGCAAAUCCAAGUCAGACCCAAUGAUUUAUUAUUAGAUCUACGAUAAAUUUAUUUUUCUUCGAAUCUCGGAGUAUAUAUCUAUGAAUAUAGGAGUAUAUAUUUACGAGUCUCCCCGAAAACUGGUUCAACAUCCAGCGUUGAUGACCAACUCAUGUCACUCUCGGGUCUGGGUUCGUGAAUGUUUUUUAAUUCUAUGUAUUUGGAUCUGCCUUAUCAACCAGUUACUGCGUGAUUAUCAUCGAAAUAUGCAAAAAGCGCUAGAUUACGAAAAAUUGGAAACUAAGAUUUAAAUCAGUAAAACUAUCAUUGUGAUUGCUCUGCGGAUAACAGUUGAUGUGCAACGGAACCCUGGGUGCCAGGGCCACAAAAUUUCGAUAAUAAUAUAUAAUAAUAAUAAUAAAUAUAAUAAUAAUAAUAAUAAUAACCACCAAGACCAAGCGAAGAAUUAAAGGAGCGUCCUUCUCCACUCCUAUUUUCUAUUUCCUCGUUCGAAUUUACGCGGCUCCGGUACCCAGGGUAAUGUAACGGUUACGGGAGUUCGCUUCUUUUGAGUAACUCAAGAGAUGGCGACAGGGAACCGAGAUAUGUGUAGUAAUUGACUGAAUUGGAGGUUAAUGGCUACAGUCAGUCACCGCGCAGCCAUUGGGCUAGCAGGGGCUAUGCAUAGCCCCCCCUGCACUUUUUUGCAAUAAUAGGUUAGAAUAGGAAAACCAAUAGGUGAGUGUUUGCAAGUUUCUUGACUGGGAACCCUUUUUUGCUAAUUUUUUGUGUGCUUUGUCUUGUUUAAUUUUUUUGACUGCGCCAUCCUUCCAUUCUAUCAUACAUGGUUUGAAUACUAUUAUAUUCAUUUUAUAACGGGAAAGUUUAGCAUCUGAUACCUAGUAGGCCUAGAAGAGGUCGGUUGGGAGCAGUUCGAAACUUUAUUUUUGACUGAUUUAAUUCUUUCUUGGUUACAUCAACCUUUUUAAUUUCAUCGACGCGAGCAGCCAUUACCGCUAGGUAGAAGCUUGCCUAUUUGUUGAUGACCAUCGGACCGUAAAAAUAUUAGGUUACCAAAAAUUCAAUUGUACUGGUUUAUCUCACUUGUUUCUCGCAACAUGUAUGUGAUACAAAGCAUGUAAAACCAUUUUACGGUAGAACUUUUGUCCCAACUUCAUAUGACCAAAAUCUUUUUGCAGUUUUCGGGGGUCGAUAUAUUGCGUUGGUGCCUCUUUAAGUAAGUGGCAAAAUGUUUUUGUAAAGAUUCAGUAUUACAAGUGAACCCACUUUGGGGGUGAAUAUAAGAUCUCAAAGACAAAUGUAGGGGAAAUGGAAACAUUUUUUUGAAAGUGGUAAUCAAAUUCCAUGCUGAAAUCAAAACAUAUAGAAUAUUCAAGCAUUUAAGUGAUAUUUUUCUACAAUUCUGAAAGCUGAAUUAGAUACAAAGGCAUUUUAAAGAUCAAUGGAAAGGACUACAUAGAUAUGCCAAAAAUAUGUGUUAAGACUUGGACAGCAGUUUGAAGAUUUUUCUCAAAGAAAAAAGUUCUUUCUUAGCGUCUUGUUCACGUCGUUGAUGCUCUUUGUAGGAAAAAAGAUGGUUUUAGAUAAAUUACUUAUAGAAGAGGUUCAAGACAGAUCCCUGUGAAACACGAAGAUGUAAUCUUCCAUUCGUGACUUAAUACAAUUUGUCAGAGCAAACUUUGGACUCCAGGGAAUGAACUUAAUACAAAGAAGGAACUGAAACAACCCAAAUUUGUUUACUCUUUUAAACUAGAAAUAGAUUUGGUUUGUUUUGAUUCCUUGUUUAGGCAAUUUUAACGCCCAAUAGCUGAAAAUCAAGUGCUGCUGGCAUUAAAGAAACAGAAAUGCUGCAAAAGUGCUGCCCUGCUAUGCUGAUGGUUUUAUAUAAACAGAAGCAUUUAGCAGCAGCACCAGCGUAAAGAAAAAAGGGGUUAGGGCUCAGUUCCGAGCCCGAAUCCUAUAGAACAUAUUUAUAAGAAGAUGAGAGUCCAAACCCCGUCCUUUCUUGGAGUAAUAAUGCUCUCAUAUUUGGAGUAAUAAUGGCGCUCCUCAAUCGUCUUGUGCCUCCUUGACAAAAUUGAAUCCAAAGCCAUUCGCUUCAUUCAACAGCUUAGACCCCAAAAGUCCUCUUCAGCCUUUUCCUCAUCAGGGCCGUGUUGCCGACAGGGGCGUAGAUGGAAGAGAUCAUCCCAGUUUUCGACAAAACCUACUGAAUCUCGAAAAAGCAACCUCUCCCGCCUGAUCAACAUUCAGCUUGGAAUUCUGCACCAAAAACUGGUCUAGGAAAAGUUGGUAUGGUAAAGUUUUCUGGGUAACCAUUGUCAGCUCAUUCACAUGCUACAUCCCAGCUUUUGAACAAUGCCCCCCGUAUCAUGGAGAAGCAUCCUCUCCCACCCUUUCAAAUGUUUUUUUAUCUCUACACCAAAAACUGGUCUAGAAAUUGUUGGUUUGGUAAAGCUCCUCUUCGGGUGGUCAUUGACAACUCAUUCACAGGUUGCAUACCAGUUUUCGGACAAAACCCUCUGUAUCUCGGAAAAACCACCUCUUCCGCCCGAUCAACAUCCAGAUUUGAAUUCUACACCAAAAACUGGUCUAGAAAAAUAUUGUUUUGUAAAGUUCCUCUUUGGGUGAUCGUUGACAGUUCAUUCACAGGUUCCAUCUUAGUUUUUGGACAAGGUGCUCCUCUCCCGCCCGAUCAACAUCCAGAUGUGAAUUCUAGACCAAAAACUGGUCUAGAAAAAGAUAGUCUGGUUAAGUCCCCUGUCAGGUGAUAAUGCACCCCCUUGUCCCUCUGGACUAUAUUGACAAAUUGCAAAGAGGAGAAAAAGCCUUCCGAGUCUGCACGCAGGCUAUCGUGCCUGUGAUUUACCCAGUAGAGCAUAAAAUUGAAAAUCCAACAUACAUUCCAACGUCCAGUAAUUUUCCAAGUAAGCACUGUUUCAUUAUUCUUUAUCAAUUUAACAUGUAGCGAUUGUAUGCCCUGUUGAGCUUAUCUUAACUCAAAAGAAGGCACACAUUGUCACCUACGUUAGCGGAGAGCCCGGCUGCUAUCAUUGAUAAGAAGCUUUCAAGGCUGAUGUUAAAACCAGUUUCAAAAUCAUAGAAGAAUUUUGAUGUUUCCAAAAGUUUCCAAAUUCUUUUAUAUAAAUUGAAAACAAACAUCACCUUGAGCAAAGCAGUCAAAAUCUCUCCAAGAGCAAGAGAAACUUUAACUUGAAGAAGCCGGUUCUUUAGAAUUUUUAACCAAAGCUAAGGCAUGCUAACUUUUAUGUCAUAUCAUAAUGUAGCAAGAGAUAUUUGCAAAGUUUUGUUUUCUAAAUGCGAAGUCUGCUCUUACCCUCUUUAUUCCUUCAAGACAGGCUUCUCAAAACCGAGGAAUAAUUGAUUAGUAUCGGGACAAGUACACGAUACUGCCCUAGGCGGCAUUUGUUGUCGUUGAAUGGUGGGAAAAUUUUUGAAUUUGGAUGUUUCCAGUUCACAGGAAAACGGAUUCUUUGUAGCAAUUUAUACUAACAAAACCUUACAAUUUGAAGGAACAUCCAAAUGCAAAAAUUAAUUGCAAAGAUUAUAUUGGUGCAUUUUCUGUGCAUUCCAUGUUUUCCCCGCUGGAUAUUCCCGCCAGGCAUAUGGACAAGGUAGCUGAGUUCGUCAGGAAAAAUUUAUGCCGCCAAUUUCAUUCUUGUUUUGAGAAAAAUGAUUAUUCGACAAUGGUUUUGGAUGAAUAUCGGGGACGCCGGAAAGCGGGGGUGCGGGGUGGGUCAACCCUGACUAAUCUAUAACGGUUGCCUUUUGAUAGAAGGGGCAAGUGUUUUUGACAUCGGCCGUUUGUAAUUAUUAAAAGAUCCCUAUGAAAUUCUGACUGUAUUGCCUUAUUCGUGACCACAUUUCCAAGACAAAAAUUUCAUAUGCCAAAAGUUAGGCGAUUUUCAAGAUACCUACAGAAGGUCGAAACAAAGUGUUGGUAGCUUGGAAUUUUGUUUUAAAUACUCUUUUACUCAAGUCUGCCUCCCAGCCCCUGGGUCGUUCCGGCGUCCCUGAUGAAAGUUUCCAAUUUGAUCGUGCUUUCUGAAAUUCUGCGACAUUUUUUGAGUGAAUGAUUCACAGAUUUUAUCUUUUUGGCAAUUUCUAUCUUUUUAGUUUUGCUUUACUGCUAUAUUCACAUGUUUGUGUUUGUUUGAUUUAAACUUUGUUCACUGACACUCCUGUACAGACUCAGUGGUGGCGCCAGGGGAGGGCUGGGGGGGGGGGCUACAGCCCCUCCGUCGGAAGCAUCUAGCUCCCCAUCGGAGGAAAUUUUAGGUUAUUGUCGGAGCAAAUUUGACAAAAUAACGUACGAAAACUGCUUAUUUUAGUCAUUUUAGCCCCCCCCUGUCGGAAGCUCCAACCCCUCUGUCGAAAGAUUUCUAGCGCCACCUCUGUACAGACUACAGAAUUAAAAUUCAGCCACCUAUUUGAUUAUUAAAGCAAUAAAAUCUCUGUCAAAAACACGGUAAAUUGCAAGGCGGACGAAAGAAAACCAAUAUUUUCGAAAAAUCGUAAGCUAUACUGUAUCAGCUUGCUGUAUACAUUUCGAAGGUUUUAAGCUAUAAAUUGAUUUGGUAGACGGCCUUUUGCCUCUCCAGUCAGAAAUCUAGCGCCUUCGGUGCUUCUGUACCACUGGGAAUUGGGAGUUCGCAGCCAAAACGAGAACGGGGCUGCAGCAUGUCAGUAAAAAAGCAUUGGUGCAACUGCAGAAUCUCUCUUGGUGCAUGUCAUCGUGGGUGAUAGUAGUCAGUUUGGAACAGACGAAGACGGAUAGAUUCCUUCGUAAAGACGGAUAGUUGAAUAUUUGAUUAUGGAAAUUAUCACAUCAGCCACCCACCUUGUCAGCAGGCCCUGAAAUAACAAAAAAAUGUUGCUUGGUAAAUCAAGCUCCUCCGUUCAGUUAGAUGUUUGAUCAAGCGUCUUUUGCUGGUGAGGAAAGUUCUGGCUUGCCUGGAAAAUGAGGUAUCUUUUUUGUUUUUCUCAAAAAAUGCAUUAAAAAUUAAACAGAAUAAAUGAAACAGUGAUGUUCAAUUAGUGAAUCUGCAAUGGUAUUUCUAAGAUUAACGAAAACAUUUUAUCUCUUUGAUCUGAAUAACUUAGUCAGUAGAUUUUAAAAUGUUCUCACUAAAAUUUAAACACAACUAAAGCAAAAUUUUGUGAGUUUACAACAAACAUUUCAACAUCACGAUAAAGAUAUAAAACAUUUCUCCUUAAAAGUGUCAUUUGUCUUUAUCUAGCGUUUAUGGCAUCAUACAUCCAUCUUAUUCUGAAACAAGCUACUGAUAUCAGCUAAACUGUCACUGGUGCCAUCACUGUCACUCCAGCUGUCACAAGUAACUUUCUUUAUCUUUUCUGGUGGCUCUGAUACUUCAGUCUGUCUAACUCAGCCUGUCAGUCUGUCUUGAGUCUGACAACAUCAGGGUUAGAAUAGAAAAUCCCCUUUGAACAGAGCUGUUUGAUUCAGAAAUGGUCAAUAACAGUUUUGCCAGCAAACAUAUGUUUGAGACAUCUCCCUUCUUUUUGAAAAUCAUACUUCUCCAGGUAGAAAGAGCCUCUGGUGCAUAUUACUUUGGAACAAUCCUCUUUAUACUCUUCCAUUCUGAAAAGGCCUCUUUUAGGAGUGGCACUUGAAAAUGGUUGCUGAGAUAAACAAUUUUUUAAUAACAUACUCUUUAUCAUCAUACGGCCAGUUAUUGGGAUCAAGCCAUUUCAUAUCUUGGUAUAUUUUUGAUGAAAACUCGCUGAGUCUGGCAGUCAAAUUUUCUCUUUAGCUUGUUUGCAACAUGAGCA